AUGGCUUCUAUUUACCAUUCUGCCAUUCUUCUCUUCUGUUUUAUCCACCCUCUGAUUGCUGCUUUAGUUCAAGAGCAACCCCUGGUGCUCAAGUACCACAACGGUGUUCUCUUAAAGGGAAACGUCACCGUUAAUUUAGUCUGGUACGGAAAGUUUACUCCUAUUCAACGCUCCAUAAUCGUUGAUUUCAUCACCUCUUUGAACUCCAACAGAGCGCCACUUCCCUCCGCCGCCUUUUGGUGGAAGACCACCGAGAAGUACCGUGGUGGUUCUUGCUCUCUUAGAGUUGGUCGUCAAAUCCUACACGAAGAGUACACUCUUGGAAAAGUCCUUAAGACUACGCAUUUACUUGCUUUGGCCUCGAAAACAAACUUCGCGAUCGAUUCCAUUAACGUUGUUUUGACGGCGAAGGACGUCGCUGUUGAUGGAUUUUGCAUGAGCAGGUGCGGCACUCACGGGUCUUCUCGCGGGCCGGCUCGGGGUACCUACAUCUGGGUUGGAAACUCGGAGACUCAAUGUCCAGGUCAAUGCGCCUGGCCUUUCCACCAGCCUAUUUAUGGCCCACAGACUCCACCGUUGGUGGCGCCUAACGGAGACGUUGGAGUUGACGGUAUGAUCAUAAACUUGGCUACUCUCUUAGCGAACACCGUCACCAAUCCUUUUAAUAGCGGUUACUUUCAAGGCCCACCCACUGCCCCUCUCGAGGCCGUAUCCGCUUGCACGGGUAUAUUUGGGUCGGGGUCUUACCCGGGAUAUCCGGGUCGGCUAUUGGUGGACAAGGCCACGGGGGCAAGCUACAACGCCCACGGUGUCAAUGGACGCAAGUACCUGUUACCGGCCAUGUGGGACCCGCAAACAAGUGCAUGCAAAACGCUUGUGUGAUGAAGACACCUGGCAGUAGGUGUAAACGUGGCGGAAAUCUGUGCGGUGUAAUGUAGAUAUAUGGGGGAGGUCUGAUGGUGGGAGGGUGGGAAGGAUGUGGAAUAUAGUAUCUUUUUGGGUUUUUUUUUUUAUGUUGUUUUGAACUUGUACUGUGUACGCUCGAUGGCUUGUCGCUUUGCGUGACGUGUAAAGUGAAAUUACCAAAAAGGAAAUGGGUAAAAAAUUAAUAAAAAAUAAUUAAAAAGUUGAGAAUGAGAUUAGGCAA